AUGACGUUCAGCUUUGUGCCCGGAGAACCUUCGAAGCGGCCGCAAGCGGUAACACAGGCCUACUGGAAAUCGCACAGUGUUGUGGUCUACUGUUCCGGCAAUAACCUCAUCGUUUUGGCGGAUGACAUGAAAGAGUUGCAAACUAUUUACUUGGACUCUGACGCUGCCGCUGUGGAUAUGGACACUGUAACCGGUGAUAUUGCCGUGGCGGUUGGGUCGCAGGUGCUGAUUUAUGAGCCGAUGAGCGAGUUCAUGAAGCACCCGAGAUGGCAGUUCUGCACUCGCCUCGAUAACGAGGACCAUUCCACGGUCAACACGCUGAGUUGGGGGUUGAACGGUGAGAUUGUGUGUGGGUCGGACUAUUUGACACUCUGGAGAGUGUCCAAGGAGCUCGGCGAGGUUUCGGUUAAAAAGCUUUGGUCUAUGAAGCAGUCGAUCCCGGUUUAUUUGGCGAAGAUCUCCCACGAUUCCACUCUCAUCGCAAGUUGUGGUAAAUAUGACAGGUUGCUGAAGGUAUGGAGCCGGGUGUCAUUUGCAGAUGAUUCGUUGUUUGACCUGACGCUGCUGCUGCAUCCUUCUUCAAUCACAGAGAUCCGUUGGAAGAAAUUUGAUCCAUUCAAUCUGCCUAAACCUGAAACCUUUACGAACACACUGUAUUCUCUUGCAACGGACGCCGUCUUGAGAAUUUGGUCAAGCCAUGAGUACGAGAAUGCACAUAUAGUACAGCAUUGGGGCUCAAUCGACCUGUUUGAUGGCGACUGUGAUAAGAAGGGAAAGAGAUACGUAUGGGUCUUGGAUCAAUACUUGGUUCAGGAGAUGCUCUACACAGCUGUUAAAAACGGCGAGUUGAUCCCAGCACAAGAUAGUUUGAACACAGAUAUGGCAUUUGUCAUCGAUGACAAAGGAUACUGUACUGUUUAUCCAAUGAGACAAUUGUCACAAAACCCACCUAGACUUUUAGACGUUGACGUUGAGAACAAAAGACGUAUAAAAUUACGUCCACAUUCAAUGGUGCAAUUUCCUGAUCUGGUACAUUUUGCAGAACCCCUGGUGACUCCACAGAAUGAGUUAUCGGUGUUAAUCCAUGAUAUUAACGGGGUCAUUAGACACGUCAAAACAGAUCUCAGUUUCUUGUGGCAGGACCAUCAAGAGGAAACCGGUUAUUUAGCACAUAAAUUGACUGGUCAUUUUAAAUCUAUCCAAAGAAUUAUUAAAACCGGUAAUGGUGAGGCAAUGCUGAGCUGUUCAAGGUUUGAUGAAAAUGCCAUUUGGAUACCCCAACAGUUGAAAGAUAACGUGACUUUGAAUAAACAUUCUACAGUGAAUACACCAGAGCCCAUUUCACAAGCAGUCCUAUUUGAUAACGGUAACCAGCUGCUCACAAUAUGUGGGAAAUAUCUGAUUCUUUGGGAUACCACCCAUAAGGUUGCUGUGGAAGAUUUCAGAUUUUUUAUCGAUGCUCAUUCAGAUCCAGAGCUAUUCGCCAUAAUACCCAUUGAACCUCAUUCUCAGGAUAUGCACUUCGUCGUUGCAAUAUACAAACACCAUUCAAGAGCUUGGGUUGUAACGAAAUCGAAACUCGUAUCUUUCAAGAUACAGGAUUUGCCAGUUAACCAUGACGAGAUCCACUUGAUCGAACCGAUUGACCCUGUCAGUCCAAUUAGAUUUAUAAACAAGGAAAUUGUCUCGAUGAUAGAUACAAAAGGUAAAUUGAGAAGAUUCUGGGCAAAGAUCAAUAAUGAUGAGAUUGUUUGGGUCGAAGGAAACGAGAUUGAAACAGGUAUAACCAAUGCAUCGUAUAUUCGUGGCUCAACAGCUGAUAAAUUCGCCAUUGUUGAUGAAUCAAAAAAGAGAUUGACGAUCUGGGACUUGAAUAGGGCUGUUUUGGAAUAUGAAGAAGUUUUUGAUCAUCCAGUGCGUGAUAUCGAUUGGACAAGUACUGCAAAUAAGCAGAGUAUUUUGGCUGUCGGAUUCGAGCAUUAUUCUCUUCUUUACACUCAGUUGAGGUACGACUAUACGAAUAAACACCCCGCUUUCCUUGCAAUAAAGAAGGCAGAUAUCCAGAGCUAUACAACACAUAACAUUGGAGACUCUGUUUGGCUAAAGGAUGGAACUUUGGCUAUUGGAUCGGGUAAUCAGAUAUUCAUAUCUGAUAAGAACUUGAACAUAGAAGAUGCAUUUACCAAAAAAUCUAUUGGGUCAAGAAACAUCGUAUCAAACGAUAUUAUUAACCUUUGUACAGUUUUAAACGGUACUUUACCAGUUUUCCAUCCUCAGCUUUUAAUUCAAGCAUUAUUCAAUAAGAAAAUUGAACUUGUCAACGAAAUCCUCCUCAGACUUUUCUUGAAGAUACGUGAGCUGGAGCUAUCUGGAGAAACAGCAGACAAAUUGGGGUCUACACUUGACUUUGACGUCACAAAAUUCUUCCAUAAGAAGUACAUAGAGUGUAACGAUUUUGAAGAGCCAUACACAGAAUUCAACUCCACUGUUUCAGAGCUUUUGAAGGAAAAGUUGAUGAAUUGUUCAUUACCAUAUUUAACGAGACAUCAGCAGAUUACCCUUAUGAGUAUCAUUGAAACUGUUAUUGGCAUGAAUGAAAAUAUUUCAUCAAUUGAUGAGAAUGGGUUAAAAUUUUAUCUGGGUAUGAAGCUUUACCAACUCCAUAGGGGGACCCAAGAUCGAGUCACCAUGAGAGAUGUCAACUGGGCUUUGCACAGUGAGACCAAGGAACUUUUACUACAACAAAUUGAGACAUCUAUAAAGGACCAUAAAUUCUUUUGGAGUACAGCAAAGGAGUAUGGAUUAGCACACUGGUUAAGAUAUGAGGAUCUUCUAAGGUUGUUUGAAUCUGUUGCGAAAAACGAAUUUCGCAGUGGUGAGAGAAGGGAUCCAAGUAAAUGUUCAAUUUUCUACCUAGCGCUGAAGAAGAAACAAAUUUUGAGUGGACUUUGGAGAACCGCAGUUGGUCAUCCAGAGCAGACUAAGAUGCUCAAUUUCUUGAAGAACGAUUUCCGUGAAGAGAGAUGGAGGAAAGCUUCAUUGAAGAAUGCAUUUGUAUUGUUGAGUAAGCACAGAUAUAUGGAUGCUGCAUGCUUCUUCCUCUUGGGUAACUCUUUGAAAGAUGCAGUAAAUGUUUUGAUCAAACAAGUUAAUGAUCUCGACCUUGCAGUUGGUGUCUGUCGUAUCUACGAAGGUGAUAACGGGCCAGUUUUAAAGGACCUUUUGAAGAAACAUUUGUUGUCUGGUGCAGUCUCGCAAGGUGAUAGAUGGACCACUAGUUACAUAUAUUGGAAGUUAGAGGACAAGCCAAGAGUAAUCCAAGCUUUGGUCAAGUCACCAAUCGAGGUGUUGAACGAGGAUGAGAAAUCUGGUGUAAUCAUUAACGAGAAAUCCAGAUUAUUUAUCGAGGAUGAUCCUUUGUUACUUGUGCUCUAUCAAAAUUUGAGGGAAAAGAGUGCGCAGUAUCUUGAAGGUUCUUUGAGCAUCACUCCACAGAUUGAAAAUGAGUUUAUUCUUAGAGUUGCAUCUAUCUAUACCAGAAUGGGGUGUGAUUAUCUAUCAGUCUAUAUCGUUAGAAAUUGGAAGUUCAUCAAGGCUGAAGAUUUCAAGAAGAAUGACAGCUCUGUCAAUUUACAGAGAUCUAUGACACAAGAGAGCGAGAACAUUUUGGAGAAGUAUGGCUUCUCUCCUGCCGUUAGACGUCGUACUUCUCUCUUGACUGGAUACACAGGGCAAGCAGAUGUCGAUGGUGGUUCUCCAGCGUUGAGUAUAUUGGAGAAGUAUGGAUUGGCAUCUGAUUCCAUAAAGAGGAAAGAGGAUGAAACCAAGAGAAAAGAACAGCAACAGCAACAGCAAAAUAAGAACAAUACUCCGCCUCCACAGGCUGCAUUCCAAGAGCCCGAUAUGAGUGCAUUCAACUUUGGGUUCUAA